AUGAGGGACAAUCUAGCAGAGGAGUUGCUUUUGUUCGCCGCCUCCGAGAACGUUUUCAGCCUUGCCCACGCGCCACCCGCGCUUCUUCGCGAUCGUGAAUUGAUGCAAAAAAUCGUUGCGAUCCAGCAAGAAAACCCAUUGUUCGCCCGAGUCGGGGAAAGGGAGGAACCCCUUUGUUUCGUUGACCGGGAACUCCGCGACGACCCUACAUUCCUGCGCGCCAUCUUUGAAGACGACGACCGCUGGAAGCAGUUAUUGGCCCAAAAGAGGGAGCUCAGCUUUUUCAAGUGCAUCAGCGAGGACUUACUGCGCAGGGACCGCCGUCUCGUCAGGGACUACGUCGCUCGCUUGCGCGCGGUCGCGAACGUACCAGCAGACGCGCUGAUCGAGUACGACCGUAGUGCCGAGUCAGCUCUCGGUGGCAGUACCAGCCCAGAUGAUCGCAGACGGAUCUCCUCUGCGGCGAAAGAGAUCGGAGACAAGUACAUUUUGCGGCCUGCACCAAGAAGAACGUCUGGCGCGUGAUGGUGGUGCGCUGGUCACAGAUCAAUGAGGACUUCGACAUGGAUAUGAUAAAGCUAUGGCGCGGCUCUUCCAUCGACGGACCGAAAGCGCGUAAAAAAUCAAGCCUCGUAAAGUGUAUGAUUUUCUGUAGAAAAAAAUUUGACGAAAAAACACGGCAACUGCUUCGAGAGCAUGUUGCCAUUACUUCCGCUGAUUGUCAUUGCUCACGACCCUCUCCGGAAGGUAGACAACUAAUCGGCCAAGACCUAACAAUCAUUUUGAAAAUCACGAAUCCCGAACGAAACGGAAACGCUUUGUGUAACGUGUAAGAUUAGACAAUGCAAGAGAGUACGCAAACGCACUUUGUUGCGUCUUCCGUCGGGUUUUUGACAGGCAACGUCACUGCUGUACGUAGCACAUGAAGGAAGAGGAAAAGAAAGGCAUUUUUUCACUCACAUAGAACAGCAGCCGCGAGGAGUUCCAUCAUUCAAGAACUAUCGCAUCAACAUCUUGAAGAAACAACAACAUUGCGUGACGCCAAAGUGUAAGAUGAAAGCUCCAUGCGAUGUUUUGAAUUCGCAAUAAACUUGGAACAUGGCGGGCAUGGAUUUUGCUCUGUCCGAUGGACGGUACUGCAGCUGCUGUACUAC